UUCAGGUCCAAUAAGUUGAAUAGAACGCACCCUAAGUGUGGAAUACUCGCUCGAGUGUGAGCAAAUUCUCAACCGUAUCUCACAGUUUGCACCAUGCUUGAAUUUGCUAGAGGUGACACAAUUCUGGAAAUUCAAGCUGCUAAUUGACGCAAACUCCAUACUCGAUCGGUUGAUUUUCUUCUACAAAUUACUCAAGAUCAGUGCUUUUGAGAAAAUUCAUCAUAUUUUGCUGUUUAUGAAAUGAAAAAAGUUCCAGAUUAAUCCCCAACUCUCAUUCAAUUAGUUCCGACGAAGUCAUAAAUUCCCUAAUUUCCGUAUCUUCUUUUGUCCAUGCAACACCUAAGUGAUAUUCUUGGGAAUUUUGUUGAAAUUCAAUGGGCUUUCUGUGACCUUAUGCUAUUUUUUGUUUUCUACAUUGUAUUUGCACUAGAUUUGUGUGAUGCAGGUAGUUCAUUGAUUAGGUUUUCGGCCUUUUGCCUGCAAGAAAUCAUUCCCUAUUUUUUAGUUAUGGGCAUACUUCAGUUCUUUAGAAAUAUCUUGUAACAUAAACAAAUUCUAUUCUCUCCCCUUAUCUUCUUUCAUAUUGGCAGGAAGUUCAAAUCUUUCUUUGUUGCAGACCGCAGAAGCAAGGGGAGCAGGGAAGCAAAGCAUAGCAAUGGUUGCAGAGCCUUGAUUACUCUAAAUGGGGAAUCAUUUCUUUAUGGCCAGCCAUGAGAAGUUUCACAAGGAGGCUGACAAGAAUUACUGGAAGACAAUUUCAGAGCUCAUUCCUAAUGAAGUCCCUACUAUAGAGAAGAAAAGAGGGAAAAAGGAGCAGGAGAAGAAGCCUUCUAUUGCUGUGAUUCAAGGACCAAAGCGCGGGAAGCCUACUGACCUCGCAAGGAUGAGGCAAAUACUUGUGAAGCUGAAACACAAUACUCCUAUCCACCUUAAACUAGCCUCACCACCUGCAGAUGCCAAAACCGAUGGUACCACUCCUGAGGCCUCCCAGACCGCAGCUGCUGCUGUUACGCCAGAGGCUGUAGCUGUUGCAUGAUUGGUGAUUUACAUUUGAAGGUCUCUGUAUGCUAUAGAAGUAUCGGAAGGUAGAUGGUUUCGCCUUCGCUGUGUUGCUUCAAUGUAGAGUCAAUGACUUGCUACAUUGACGGUGCAUGAUUUUCUAGUUCAUUAUGGCCUGGCCCAUUACAUGCCUGUGGGACGAGUGUAAUAUAUGAAGUAGAAUGUGAAGCCACCAGAUUUUAUGUAUGUAGCAUAUUGACAUGGUUGGAGUCUGAAGGCUAAAGCUACAUAAUUCAAAUUUUAUUAGCUUUCAAUGCCAUCCUCUCUGACACCUUAGCUUAUGCGAGGUGUCUUUUGUGGAAUAGGAAGCGGGAUAGAUAUCACCAAUUCCAACUUCCCUUAUUUUUCAGGAUUUUGAGCUUAACAAGUAUCUAGCACGAUUCAAGCACAGUAGAUUAGUUUUUGAAUCGAGUCAUGCAGGGUCAUGCUCGCAAUUGACUCACUUGAUUAACACCCUAGUAGUCUUGUAAAGGAAGACGGAGGUGAGUCACUGAGAUAAUGAGAUUUCAAUAAAUUUGUUAUUUAUAUUCCCAACACAUGCCAAACCAGAAAUUCUUGUUUGAUUUUGUAAAGGAAGACGGAGGUGAGUCACUGAGAUAAUGAGGUUAAGUUGUUCCAUGCUUAUUUCUAAGUACUAAUUAAAUAGAAUAUGUCAUUUAAAUCUUUCCAUAAUAAUCUCAAUCAUUUGUUUGUCGUUUAAAGCCACUACUCUCCUGAGAAGAUUUAUUUGUCUUUGCUAAUUACUAGUGUAAUGAUGAUUGUUUCCACCCUGUCUUGACUAAUCAUAAUCUCUUGUUUUACUCUUUCACCCCACCUUUAGCUAAUUUUUGCUUCUUUUUUAAUGAUCAGCUGCAAUGGAGUACCAUUGUCAAUAGUCAAAUUAAAUUACUUAGAUUAUGUAUCAUCUUCAACACCUACUUUGAUCUUUUUGUAAGUGAUCUUCUGAGUGC